GAGCAAGUGAUCGUUGUGUGUACUACCCAUCAUAGCUUCUAGCAAACUCCAAUUUUGCUUCCAAAAUCGUAGAGUGUUGUUGUAAUUGUUUGAAUUCAAAGUUUGCUGACACAUCCGCGACGUACAUGAUGCGUGGCUAUGCAAUGGUGCUGGUUCUGAUGGCGAUUGUGUGCACUGCCAGUGCCACCUUCGGAUUGCUGGGAGGUGGAUACGGUUACGAUGGCUAUGGUUCUCCAUGGAAUAACGGUUACGGCGGCUACGGGGGCUACGGUGGUUACGGCGGAUACGGGGGAGGAUAUGGUGGAUACGGUGGGCACGGAGGUGGUUACUAUCCCUAUGGAGGUUACGGAGGUUAUGGCUAUCCGGGCAAGUAUGGCGGCUAUGGUGGUUAUGGCGGGUAUGGCGGUUAUGGAAGUGGAUAUGGAGGAUACGGUGGCGGAUAUGGAAUCGGAUAUGGCGGUGGAUACGGUGGACUGAGGCCGUACUAUCGCUAAACGCGGAGUUCCGUUUGCGAUCCAUUACCUUUUUUCCAGUUGGAAUGUGAUACAACGUUUUCCAGUAAUUUUGUGUUCUUUGUUAGUUUUAGUAUUUAGACAAUAAAUCCGAUGGACCCAUCCAUUCACA